AUGGAACCUGUGCCUUCGAUUACAGAAACAAAUGUACAAAUGGGUACAUCCUCUUACCCAACGGAAGAAGGAAUGAGCGAAUUAAUCAAGGCAGAGUGUUUUUCGAGACCACUGGAAAAACCAACACAGUUCAAGCCGACAGUGGAAGAAAUGUGCAACAUCGGGAGUCGAAGAAAAAGGAAAGAAUCUCGUGUUCGAAAUCUGACGGACGAAGUGGUUGAGGAAUACCGCCUGCUGAUAGUAGAUUCAAACAGUUUGCACAGACAGUUUUACGAGGAGGCCGCUUUUAAAGUUUAUGGAACUCUUCCGCCUGGAAAAGGUUCCUUUACGGCAGCGCUGAAAAACAUGGCAGGAAAGAAAAUUUAA